UACGUCAAACUCACGCUGCCUGGAACCGGUGAUCAUAACAACAAGCUGGACUCCUAACAUUUGGAAAACAGCAAAACAUAAAUAUAUAAGUUAUUUUUCAGUGUUAUUCCUGUAGCUUAUUGGUGACCGAAAUGUCCGGAAAAGCCAAGGAUAUCUUACAAAUGGACCUAUAUGGUUUGCUCGGUAUUGAGGGCACUGCUACAACGAAAGAGAUCAAAAAAGCUUAUAGACAGAAGGCCUUGACCUGCCACCCAGACAAGAACCCAGACAAUCCAAAAGCAGCCGAGCUCUUCCACCAGUUAUCCCAGGCUCUUGAGGUGCUAACUGAUGCCGCUGCUAGGGCUGCCUAUGACAAGGUUUGUGCUGCUAAGAAACAAGCAGAGGAAAGAAACAGGAAGCUAGAUGAUAAGAGAAAGAAAAUUAAGCUUGACUUGGAGGCUAGAGAGCGACAAGCGGAAGCUCAGAGCCAAGAGGAGGUGCAGAUCACUAGAACUCUUGAAGAAGAGAUUGCCCGCUUGAGAGAGGAGGGAUCCAGACAGCUUGAAGAAGAACAGAGGCUCAUCAGAGAGCAGAUCCUGAAAGAAAGAGAAGCACAACAACAAACGGGAAACUACAGUCAAAAAAACUCAGGAGUGGAGAGAUGUUCCAAAAGCAAUGCAACUCCCAAGCUGAAGUUGAAGUGGAAGUGUAAAAAAGACGACGAAAUGAAUGGUGGUUACUCUCAAGAUGUCAUUUUGAAACUCCUACAAAAGUAUGGGGAUGUUCUGAAUGUGAUUGUAUCAAGUAAGAAGAAAGGAAGUGCUGUGGUGGAGUUUGCAACUGUGAGAGCAGCUGAGCUGGCUGUUAAGAAUGAAAGUGGCCUGAGUGGUAACCCGCUGAAGAUUUCGUGGCUUGAAGGACAACCCGUGGUUGUUACUACAACAUCUCAGUCUGGACAGUUCACAUCCUCACAGGGCUCCCUGACAAAUGAGCGCGACUACGAGAGUGUAGUGAUGAUGAGGAUGAGGCAGGCUGCUGAGCGUCAGAGACUCAUAGAACAAAUGCAGAAAGAGGAUGAAGAGGAAGCUGCCAUGUCGUAGCACCAGAAGAUCCAGCUGAGCAGCAUCAUGUGACUCAAAGAGAAACAUGUUCAGGCUUUAGUUUAAUAAAGUCUCUUACAUGUUUUGUUACUGUUUUUUUUUAUAUAAUGUGUUGUCUGGAAAAAUAAAACAUUUUAAUAAAAGAAAUUAUGUGUUUUAAUUAAUGUGUUAUACAUUUUCCUUAUUAUUCCAUUUUAAGCAUUAGAGGGCAUUUCAUCAUGUAAAGCAUCCAGCUUUUGUUUUAAGAGCCAGAGGAGACUGGCUGUGCAACAUUUCAUCUAAUUAAAACAGUAUGAUAUGUACUUUUCAUCAUUAGCCCAUUACCUUGCUAAAUGUGACAAGUCUUUGCCUUUAUAAUCUAACCAAACAAGUUGUAACGACCAAUCAUUUCUUUCUUUUGCCUUUAUACUCAUUCAGAAGCUGUGAAAUGAGCAAAUAAUCCAAACCACUAACUCUGUGAUGUGACUACUUGGAAAUCAUUUCUGCCCCAUGUUUAACCGGUAAUCAGGCUGUAAUGGGAACACUAGGUAAAUUUUUAUGGAAUCUCUGUGGGCCUGUGUGAUGAAAACUGAACUACUCUAGAGACCCUCCAUUAUAGUUCUGGCAGUUAAAAUGAUUGAUCCCUGGGCUUUGUUUAUAAUAUAUCUAAGGCUCUACUGUGGGCUCAGGAGGCCCUGUUAACUGCACAAUUUAAAGGCUAUAUGGUGCUGUUCACUGCGCUUCGAAACUUUUGUUCUAUGUUAGAAGUGUUGCUUGAAUAUUAGCAUGUAAUCUGCCAACCAUUUAUUUUAUAUUUCUGUUUUAGUUUCUAGAAUGCUUCUGACACCAGUGUCAUCUGAGAGAUCUAAAUCCUGGUUGUCCAACUUAUACUUUUUUCUUCCUUGGUCUUUACACACUGAAAUAUUCAAAUCCCUCCCAAAUUUUCUUUUUAAGAAACUUUGUUCUCACAUAGUUCACAUAACUUUCUUACACAUUUGUUGACUAACUGGGGAUUCUGUUUCUAUCUUUGUUCCAAGACUCUGGCUAAUGGAUGCCUUUGUUUUCUUAAAACAACCUUAUUAGAAUUAAAUUGCUCUGGAAACAGCUGUUUUUGGAUGUCUUGCAGUAUAUUAACAAUUGCAUUUUCCAUUCUAUCACAACUUAAACUGAUUUCGGGUUGUAAUUUUCUUUUGAUGGGAAGAUUGUUAAAUAAACGUCUGGAAACACAAGAAGACAUCAACAUUAGCUGUUCACUGAGAAAGACAUUUUACUCUAAUCAACAACUAGACUAUAAAUUCAAAUGACUGUGUAUCACUGUACAGUGAUAGGAAGAAGUCAUUGUGAUUUCUUUUUAUCAUUUUAAAGUUAAAGUACAAAAAUAGUCCAGCACAUACUUUAACCCUUUAUAAAACUGAAUCUUUCUUUGACACUAAACUCACAAACACCUUUUAUUAAUAUUCUCAUUUAAUGCUGAGCAAAAUCUAUUUUUUUUGUUUGCAUAAGAAAUAGAUAUAUCAGAAUUCCAUAAUUUUGGAGACACAUGCACAUUACUGUCUGUGUUUUACCAAGUUGCACAUGAGCCUCUUGUCCAAAUGUUAGCUAUUAGAGAGGUUGAAGGCAAGAUUUUUGCAGAAAUGCAUGUACUUUUUAACCUCCAUUUUCUCAUUCCUCCAUUUUUCACUCCACCCUUGGUUUUGUUGGACUGUGUCACAAGACACAGACCAGUUUAAAUUGAAGAACAUGUUUUGAAAUAUGUGUUUUGUCCCAUGAUAUUGACCUCAGCACAUUUUGCUUUGUUAUUCAAAUUCAUUUCCCAAUAAUCUUAUGUAACAGAUGUCUGGAAGAUUCUGCAAACUCUACAUUGCUUAUUUAUGCUCUGUGAAGUGACAUGCUACCGUGUUUUGACCCACAUUAAGUCCAAACUUACAGUGCCAGACUUUUGUGGGUUUCAUAAUGAGGUCUUCUGCCUAUGGAACAUUAUUUCUCUGUUUUUCCCAUCACUAUGUUAAAUGGCAUGUCUGUAUUUACAGGCCAGUGUGGCUGCACUUUCUCCUGUCAUUGUUUUAUUUAGGAGUCACAUGGAAGCUUUGCAACAUCCAAUCUAGUCAUUCAUCCCCCUGCCACUCCUGCACUGCCUCUCCAUGAUUCUGUUACACAAUGUCCAGCUGUGGAGCGGAACAGAGUGGUGUGGUGGGAGACAUCUGCUCCUCUCCUCCUGCAAAAUCCCCUCAUCACAUGGUUUUGUUUAUGCAUAUCCUUUUCCAAUAUCCCAGUAAUGUAAAAAAGAAAAGCCCAGAAACACACAAACAUUGUGCAAAUGACAACAGAGGAAACACAAUUACAGGAAACACAUUCAUCACCAACCCAGCCCCAAGCCCACAGUGGCUUUUGCUGCAUGCGAACCAGCAUGGGAGGAUGAGCCUGUUGUCACAUCAGUCACAGCAGAGUAUCAGAUUCUUUAUUUCAGAUGUUGAAGCAGUGGGGUUGGUGUAUGCAAACAGUAUCUGGAUAUCUGUGGUCACAGAACUGGGAAGCAUCAGCUCCAUUUGAUCUGUAGUGCGGAGGUAGAAG